AUGAGCUGGCCUCUCUUCCUCUGCCUUCUCGUGCUCAGCCACUUGGUCCUCCUCGCCUCGGCACGCAAGCAGACGCCGGCCCCGGGAGCGCACCUUGGCGACGCGGCUCUUCGCGCCCGCGGCGGCGGCGGCGGCGGCGGCAGGAGCAGCCUUGGAGGCCGGCACCCCGCUUCGCCGCUUUCUUCGACCUCCUCUUCAGCGCCCUCCUCUUAUUUCGCUCCCGCGCUGGGAGUUCAAGGCAGCGACCCGGAAAGGAGCGACUUUCAGUGGGGCCCCUCCGGACGCCGAACCGGCAGCCUCUACUGCAGGGUGGGCAUCGGCUUCCACCUCCAAAUCCACCCCGACGGACACGUCGACGGCUCCCACCAAGGCAGCCUGCUAAGUAUUUUGGAAAUAUUUGCUGUGUCUCAGGGGAUUGUAGGAAUACGAGGAGUUUUCAGCAACAAAUUUUUAGCGAUGUCAAAAAAAGGAAAACUCCAUGCAAGUGCCAAAUUUACAGAUGACUGCAAAUUCAGGGAGAGGUUUCAAGAAAACAGUUAUAACACGUACGCCUCGGCUGUUUACAGGACAGAACGAACGGGAAGAGAAUGGUACGUGGCUUUGAACAAAAGGGGCAAAGCGAAAAGAGGGUGCAGCCCCCGGGUCAAACCUCAGCAUAUUUCCACCCAUUUCCUCCCGAGGUUCAGACAAGCCGAGCCGCCUGAACUCUCUUUUACUGUCACCGCCCCUGAAAAGAAAAAGCCACCUGCUGUCAUCCCAGCAAAGCCAAAGGUUUCCUUGCCAGUGCCUCGGAAGAACUCCCCACCAGUCAAAUACAGGCUCAAAUUUCGCUUCGGAUAG